AUGGCGUCCGACUCCUCCACCGGCAAGCCAGUCUCAGUUCUGUUCGUCUGCCUCGGGAACAUAUGUCGUUCACCCAUGGCGGAAGGCGUCUUCAGAAAUAUCACCAAUUUUGGCACCUCCUCACAACACCCACUCAUCUCCACCAUUGACUCCUGCGGCACCGCUGCCUACCACGCCGGCAACCGACCAGAUUCACGCACGAUGGCCGUGCUGCGCAAGAACGGCCUGACCGACUACAAACAUUCGGCGCGGGCAGUGCAGGUACCGCAAGAUUUCGAGCGGUUCGAUUACAUUCUUGCCAUGGACGAGUCAAAUUACGCAAAUCUCCGCGAGAUGGCGCGAAGGGCGCAGAAGAGCGGGAAAUUGGAUGCGGCGGCUGUAGAGAGGGUAAGGAUGUUUGGCGAGUUCGGGGGGAAAAACGCGAAGGAGGAGAUUGAUGAUCCAUAUUAUGGAGGACAGUCCGGAUUUGAAACGACAUAUGAGCAGGCGCUCAAAUUUGGGCAAGGUCUGUUGAAACAUAUUGAGGUGGAGGCCGAGGCAAAUAAGUAA